AUGCGGAGGAGCGCGGUGCUGAAGGGAGGACAGGAGCGCUCAGCUGGUUUUCGCGGGUACCUCUUGUCCCGCACCCCUUUGCUGCGUAUUAUGUACAAGAUAUUGGAGCGCAUUAUUCUGUACCGACUCAUUAAACAUCGCGAACAAACAACGCGCGACGAGCAAACUGGCUUUCGUCCUGGCCGAUCUACGAUUGACCAGGUGUUCAUCGUCAGGAGAGUGAUCGAAAUCUUGCAGCGGUAUUCGAAGCCAAUGCAAUCAGCUUUUCUGGACUUUGAAGGCGCGUUCGACUCUCCUCACCGAGCCCGUCUUCUCAACGCGCUCCCCGCCGAUGGAGUACCAGGAAAGUUCGUUCGCUUCUUUGAUGACAUGAAUCAACGAACAACUGCUGCAGUUUGA